AGAGAAAGGGGGAAAGAGAAGAAAAAAAGGGGGGGGGGGCAUACUGAGAGAGCGAAAGAAGGAGGGAGCUUCUGGGAGCAAUUCUGGACUACCACUCAAACACUGCAGUCUUUCUUUUGCUUCUCUGAGGAAACAGGGUUACCCUUCUUGCUGCCUAACGCUCCUUCUUACUUCUUCCGUGGCUGCGUUGCUAUGACCCUGAUGGACACCUUGAUCUCCUCAUCCACAUAGAGAAGAGGAGAAACGAGCUGUAGCGGAGAAGGGAGAAACAAGAGGAAGCGAAACCACACACUUUGUCUCUGUGAUGAGAGUCUGGAAAUUAAUUACCUACCGUCAGCACAGAGGGGGAAGCGCAGAGAGGUGCACAGUUAAUAGAAUAACUGAGAGUUGAAGAGGGUGACUUUGUAGAUGUGUGAAGAACAGGCUGUGGCGAGGCGCAGAGAAACCCCUAGGCACUUCUCAGAAACAAAAAGGGACAAGUUUGGGUCGACGCGUGAAGUGAGGAGGAAAUUAGGCAAGGCAGUAACUCCACAGGGAUACUAAUUCAAGAAGCCAAAGAACUGUCCAAUCGCAAGCAUCCUUCAUCUUUUCAUUUUUCUUUCCAACCUUCCUCUUAAAUCCAUAACUACAUCCCUAACUCUCAUCUCCUUGCCUUUUUUUAGUUCUUUUUUUUGCAUGUCAGCAAAAGCACAUCAUCAGCCACAUUCACAUGCUGAAUGCUCAGAUGCAGCGUUGUAUUCUCAGAAAUAGAUGUGUCAUCUGCUGCUGAGUAAAAAGUUGAUUUAGCUAUAUUAGAGGUGUCAUUACUUGCUGGACAGGAGCACCCACUCUGGAAUCUCUUGUGAGACCAGAACUGCGGCGCUGCAGGAUGGCUGAGGGUUGCAUGAUGGCCCUACGCUAUGGAAUGGUCUUCUUCAACCUCCUCUUCUGGUUGGGAGGAUGUGGCAUCCUGGGGGUCGGAAUAUGGCUCUCAGUGACCCAGGGAAACUUUGCCACGCUGUCAUCAUCCCUUCCUUCUUUGUCGGCAGCCAAUCUGCUCAUCGCAGUGGGGACAAUCAUCAUGGUGAUCGGAUGUCUGGGCUGCGUGGGAGCUGUCAAAGAAAGCCGCCCUCUGCUGCUGGCGUUCUUCAUCCUUCUCCUGCUUAUCUUUUUCCUGGAAAUUAUCUCCAUCAUGCUUUUCUUCAUAUACCAAGAUGAGAUUGAUCGCUAUGCUCAGAGGGAUUUGAAGAAGGGCCUACAGCUUUUCGGCACUGAAGGCAACGUGGGUUUGACCAACGCCUGGAUGAUCGUGCAGACUGAUUUUCGUUGCUGUGGAGUCACCAACCACACAGACUGGUUUGAGGUUUAUAAUGCCACCCGAGUCCCAGACUCCUGCUGCCUGGAGUACAGCGACAACUGUGGACUGGACAACCCAGGAACUUGGUGGACUGCACCAUGUUACGAGCGAGUAAAGGACUGGCUAAACGACAACCUGGUGGCACUUUGGAUCUUUGCUCUAUGCACAGCUCUCACUCAGAUCCUGGGUCUGGUCUUCUCUAUGACAAUGUUCUGCCAGGCAGUGAAAGUAGAGACUUUUUACGCCUAGCGAUCGACUCCUUUGCCCUUCAGAGUGCUUGGAUUGUUUCUCAUCUAAAAGGGACUCAUAAACCUCCCAACCUUGCGUCCUCCACUUUCUCCAUUGAAAAACUUUUUUUCCUAAGCUUGUCCUCUCUAUGACAUUUGCUCUCAGAUGUCACCAGUUCACAGUGCUCCUGCUAUCGACCAGCGCAGUGUCAGUGUUAUCUCUCAUUCAUGUUUUGCUCCGUGUUAAAAGCUAAUUUUUUGUGAUAUAUUUUAUCAAACAGUAUUAUGAACAUGUAUAAAACAAACGUAACCCUUUUUUAAAUAUGUGUUUUGUUUAAAUUAUUUUCAGGUUUGUAUGUAUUUUAAAAAUAGGAGCUUCAGCUGAGAAAAGCGCACCGGGUUUUGUGCUGCAAGUGCAUGUCUCCUGCGAUGAUGUGAAUUAAAUGUUUUGACUCGACAGA